GUUAUAAAUUCCUCUCACUACUAUUUUGCGUUAUUGUAAAGCAUUCUUCGCCUCUCUCUUUCUCUCUCCUGUAUCGUUUCUCUCUCUACGCUUUCUGGUUCUAGAUCCCUCAAGGGAUCCGCAAGCUGAAGGAGAAAUGGGACUGACAUUCACCAAGCUUUUCAGUCGGCUUUUUGCCAAAAAGGAAAUGCGAAUUCUGAUGGUUGGUCUUGAUGCAGCUGGUAAGACCACCAUCCUGUACAAGCUCAAGCUUGGAGAGAUCGUGACUACAAUUCCUACCAUUGGGUUCAAUGUGGAGACUGUGGAAUACAAGAAUAUUAGCUUCACCGUUUGGGAUGUUGGGGGCCAGGACAAGAUUCGUCCCUUGUGGAGGCACUACUUCCAGAACACACAGGGUCUUAUAUUUGUUGUAGACAGCAAUGACAGGGACAGAGUUGUCGAGGCCAGAGAUGAGUUGCACAGGAUGUUGAAUGAGGAUGAACUGAGAGAUGCAGUAUUGCUUGUAUUUGCUAACAAACAAGAUCUUCCCAAUGCAAUGAAUGCUGCUGAAAUUACUGACAAGCUGGGCCUUCACUCUCUCAGACAGCGCCACUGGUACAUCCAGAGCACCUGUGCAACUUCUGGAGAGGGUCUUUAUGAGGGUUUGGACUGGCUUUCCAACAACAUAGCCAACAAGGCUUAAUGCUUUUUGGGAGUCUUCUUGUGGAUUGGUAAUUCUGGAUGCAGGGGUGAAUAUUAUCUAGUUGGUUUUUUGGUCCUCUUCUGAGACAAAUUGGAUUUGUGUUAAUGUUUUGUGGUUUAGGACAUCUUGUUGGCUAAAAUUAUAGUAGGAAUUUGUUUCAUGGGAUGUCUGCUACUUUUGAGCUUUCUAUUGGGUUUGGAUUAAAUGUUAAUAACUGUAAUGGAUACCAAUUCAAUGCGCCAUCCCAUUGAGUUUUAUA